CCUCAUGUCUUUUCCCUGCCGACCAUAGCUUAUGUUUUCUUAAUAUGUCUGCAAAUCGAACUGCAUGUUAAUAUCAUACAACUCUGUUCUCAGUCAUGACGUAUGCAGACCGUGAUGCGGGCACGUAAGCUCCAGACAUGUGGCGCAGCGUAAUUUCUACUAGCUCUGUCAAGUAAAUUGCCAUCUCAGGGUAGUACGGAUCGCUACAGUAAAAAGAAAAACGUUGUGCUGGACGCAAACUGAAAUUAAUUGACCAGUCAAUACUGUUUGUUCAGCUGCACUAAUCACAAUUGUUGCUGGGGUUGGGUAUAUGCAAUCUGUUUGGGCGCCGUUUGUUUAUCUGUAUAUUUUCGGCUACAGGUUCUGUAACUGCAGUUGUCAUAUUAUUUCAAGUUAUUGAUAAACAACCAGCCUGUCUUUUCCCUGCAAUGUAGAACGAUGUGCACUUCAUUAAAGACCAUCGUUACAGUUUCUUCAUUGUGUUUUCCUCUCAAAACAGCGCAUAUAACAGAGUAACUACAAUAGCAUACACUUAAUAAUCUGUUUUAACUGCAUAGUACUAAAAAACAAUGUCUAUGAAAAACGAACAGCCCUGUGGUUUCUGGCAAAAACUUGAUCAGUUAUUAUCAGCACGGGUGAUAAUAACUAUCUUGCAUGCUUUGUCUUGUGGUACUUUUUUGGAGGACUUUGUUCCAGCUGAAUAGCAGAAGGGAUGUCACAGUCUUAUUGACAUUGAGAUGUCAGCACGUCCUGACUUCCAACCAGAGGGGAGGGAUGAGAAGAAUAUGUCUCCGCUGUCUCGUCUCCCGCACGAGAGGGUGACUCUGAUGGUGGACGGAACUCACUUUGUGGUGGACCCCACCCUGUUCACUGCCCACCCUGACACCAUGCUGGGGAGGAUGUUUGGUCCUGCCCGUCAUUUCACCCGACCGAACACCAAGGGAGAGUAUGAGAUUGCUGAGGGAAUCGGAGCCAGCAUCUUCCGAGUCGUCCUGGAAUUUUAUAAAGGGGGUAUCCUUCAGUGUCCCGAGGGAGUAUCAGUGUCUGAGCUCAGGGAAGCUUGUGACUAUCUCUGUAUUAACUUUGACUACAGCACAGUCAGGUGCCGAGACCUCAGUGCAUUGCUACAUGAACUGUCAAACGAUGGCGCUAAGCGUCAAUUUGAGGCCUUUCUGGAGGAGCUGGUUGUCCCUGUGAUGGUGUCCAGUGCGCAGGAGGGGGAGAGGGAGUGUCACAUUGUGGUUCUCACUGACGAUGACAUUGUAGACUGGGACCAUGACAACCCUCCGCCAAUGGGAGAGGAGUACUCUCAGAUUCUAUAUAGCACUAAGCUCUACCGCUUCUUCAAGUACAUUGAGAACCGAGACGUGGCCAAGGCUUUGUUAAAGGAGAGAGGCCUGAAAAACAUCAGAAUUGGCAUCGAAGGGUACCCCACCUGUAAAGAGAAGGUGAAGCGUCGUCCGGGCGGCAGGUCCGAGGUCAUCUACAACUAUGUGCAGCGCCCUUUCAUCCAGCUUUCCUGGGAGAAAGAGGAAGGGAAGAGUCGACACGUGGAUUUCCAGUGCGUCCGCAGCAAGAGUGUGCCCAAUCUCAUGGCCUCCCUGGGGGAACCAACACGACCCUCAGUCACACCUACUCCGCAGGUCGACGAGCUUGAUAGGCUGUGGAUCAGCCCUGAUCCACGGCCCCACUCUCAAGCCCCGCCUACCAAUGACAGUUGAGGAGAGGGUGUUGACCUUACCGGUAUUGGUUACCGCCAGGGUUUGGCGAGGUCACGGCCACCCUGAUCCAAGAUGCAUGUUUCUGGGCUAAUUCUUUCCAAGACCCUCAUCUGUCCGCCUGUUUCCUGCUCGGGAUGUUUACAUUUACAGACACACACAAACAAGAUCUAAUGACUGUAGAUUUCAGUCAUGUAUGCGUACUGAGAAAGGGCUGCAUGCAGAAUUUACAUUUCAGUCAUUUAGGAGACGCUGUAAUCCAGAGUAAUUUACAGGAACAAUUAGGGUUAACUGCCAUGCUCAAGGACGGAACAGCUUAUUUCUCACCUACUUGGCUCUGGGAUUUCAUCUGGUAACAUUUCAUUUACCAGUCAGAUGCUCAUGCAGACCUGCAGUUUACAAAAUAACCCGGCCCUAAUAGUCCAUUACCUUGUUUGUUAUUUACCCCCCGCACCCCCCUGUGUGUUAUAUUUAGUGUGUGUUUAUGUGAGAUCCAGGUAUAACUAUAUGUGGGGACCAGAAAUCCCCAGAUUUAUUAAAACCGCAUAAAUUAAGUUUUUCUUGGCCGUUCCCCACUAGGAAAGGUUUUUCCAGCUUAGGGUGAGAUUUAUGGUUAACCAGAUAUUUGGGGUUGGUGUUAGAGUCAGGCGUACUUUGCUUACUACAGUAGGUUUAGGCUUUGCGGGUUAGGAUGAGAUUUUAAGGCUAGUUUAAGCUUGGGCAUAUACAGUAUGUUGGGUUAUUUAGAUUUGGUUUGGGUUAGUGAAUAGGGAACAUGGAUUUUUGGUUUGCUGGUCCCCACAAAAACAGAAACUAAUCUCUGUGUGUCUGUACGAGCGAUUAUACAACAAAAUCUCUGUUCGUUUUAUUUUUGAUUAAAUUUGAUAUACUUUGUACAUUGUUUAAAGGUUUACAGUUCAUAUUAUAGUUUAAGUUAUGAAAAUACAGAUGCAGA